CUUCCGUGGGCGUGGACUGCGAGGAGGGGGAGGGGGCCUCCUUCCUGUCCGCCGUCCACUCGGGCGUCCUUUCUGAGUGACACCCGCGAAAGGAAGGAGGGAAGGAAGGGGAAAAGGGCGGGAGGCCCCCCGCUGCAUCCGCGUCGCCCUUCGCUGUAACUUUGGGAAAGCGCCUCUUCCACUCCGCCGCGUCGCCCUUCUCCUUCCUUCCCAUCCGCUGCGGAGACAGGUAAUUUAUUCUGAAGAGAGAGAGAUUACCAUAAAAAGUUCCCCAGAAUGUCAUACAGACAAGGACUGGAGAAGUACCGAGACCUGGAUGAAGACCAGAUCUUGGGAGCACUGACAGAAGAUGAAAUCAAGAUUUUAGAGGAGGAACUGGUAGAGCUAGAUCCAGAUAAUGCAUUGCUGCCUGCAGGAAUGAGACAGAGAGAUCAAACGAAGAAAAAUCCUACUGGCCCCUUCAAAAGAGAUGAUCUUCUGGCACAUUUGGAAAAGGAGGCAAUUGAUAUCAAAGACAGAGAAGACCUGGUUCCUUUUACAGGGGAGAAAAAAGGAAAAAUUUGGGUUCCCAAGCAAAAAGCUAUAGAUCCUGUUUUGGAGAGUGUUACUCUGGAACCAGAACUGGAGGAAGCCUUAGCAAAUGCCUCAGACGCUGAGCUCUGUGAUAUUGCAGCUAUUCUUGGCAUGCACACCCUGAUGAGUAACCAACAAUAUUAUGAAGCACUUGGAAGCACAACUAUCGUCAACAAAGAAGGACUGGACAGUGUAAUUAAGCCAACACAAUAUAAACCUGUUCCUGAUGAACCAAAUUCAACAGAUGUAGAAGAAACUUUGGAAAGAGUGAAAAACAAUGAUCCAGAACUGGAGGAAGUCAAUCUCAAUAAUAUUAAGGACAUCCCCAUACCAACAUUAAAAGCCUAUGCGGAGGCUUUGAAGAACAACAGCUACGUGAAAAAGUUCAGCAUAGUAGGAACAAGAAGCAAUGACCCUGUCGCUUACGCACUGGCAGAAAUGUUGAAAGUCAACGGUGUAUUGAAGAGCUUAAAUGUAGAAUCAAAUUUCAUUUCUGGAUCAGGAAUCCUGGCCAUGAUAGAAGCCCUGCAGUGCAACACAACAUUAAUUGAACUCAAAAUCGACAACCAGAGUCAGCUACUAGGCAACAAAGUAGAAAUGGAGAUUGCAAGUAUGUUAGAAAAGAACACAUCUCUCUUGAAAUUUGGAUAUCACUUCACUCAGCAAGGCCCCAGGCUUCGAGCAGCAAAUGCCAUGAUGAACAAUAAUGAUCUUGCUCGUAUUCGUCGAUGCGAUGGCCUGUGGCAUAAUUCAUCAGCCUUGGAACUGGAGGAUGCAUAAUGAGGAAGAGGAGGCUUGCAGACCUGAAUGGGCCCAUCUUUCCCAAAUGCCGGACUGGGGUGUAACGAUGGGUCGCAGAGAUGGCAUCAGUCGGCUUGCACUGGAUUGCAAACUCUCAUGGCAGAGCAACUGUGCAUUGAAAUUGUAGUGCCUGUUUUUCUUUUUCAUAUGACAUCAUUGUGCACUAAAAGGUUGAAAACUAGUGAUGUAGGCGAAGAUCUUUAGAAUCAGUGUGUGAAUAAUGACUUUUUUCCUUUUUGAGAGCUUAGAUGGGAAUGUGUCCUUUCAGAUGUUGUUGGAUUCAAUUGCCAACAUCCCUGGCCAGCAAAUCUUCAUCUAAUGGUGAAGAAUGAGGGAAAUUGCGCUCCCAACAUACAUUCUCAUCCCAGAUUUAGAGCAAUCCAAAGUUUGAGCCUUUUGACCAUAAGGUGUAAGUGCUGGAUUUCAACACUAUUGGACAAUGAUAGUUUGAAUUUGUAGUUAGACUGCAGCCUACCCUAUAUACUCAUGCAUAAGUCUAAAUGUUUUGUCCAAAACCUGAUCCAAAACUUGGGUUGAUGUAUCCACAAAUUGACAUUAAGUACCUUAUCCUAGUAAAGGUUACCCCUGAUAUUAAGUCUAGUUGUGUCCGACUCUGGGGAAUGAUGCUCAUCUCCAUUUCUAAGCCAAAGAACCGGCAUUGUCCUUAGACACCUCCAAGGUCAUGUGGCCAGCAUGACUGCAUGGAGUGCUGUUACCUUCUCACUGGAGUGGUACCUAUUGAUCUACUCACAUUUGUAUCUUUUCGAACUGCUAGGUUGGCAGAAGCUGGGGCUAACAGCGGGAGCUCACCCCGCUCCCCAGAUUCGAACCACCAGCUUUUGGCCAGCAAUUUCAGCAGCUCAGCGGUUUAAUCCGCUGCACCACCAAGGGGCUCAUCCUAACUCUUAUCCUAACUCUUACCUAAAAAUAAACCAUCCCCUUAUCUGGAUAAAGUGGUGAAAAGCAAGAGCUUAGUCCAUCCUGGAGAACAUCAAAGAAGCACCGAGAGCUUCUACUCUUUCCACUGCACUGUCACUUUUGGCCUUUUAAAUGUCAAAGUGGGAAAAUAGCAGCAAAAGAAAGAGCACCGAGCCUUCUAAGUGGAGAGGCAAUAGAGCUUUCCCCUUUCGAUUGAAUGAUUUUCAUCUUAUCCAUAACUCACAUCAAAAUCCAUAAUUUGGGCCCCAAAAUCUGUUCUUGGUUUGACCAUAAGAUCGGCUUAUACAUGAAUAUAUAUGGUUAUCUCAGCAUGGAAUUUGAGAGUUUGUGCGUGUAGUGUGAGAUAGAUGAGUACUGAACAAAAAAGAUGCAAUGCUACUCUGCAAAUUAGCAGAAAUGUUUAAAAAUAUACUUUAUUUUAUUUUAUUUGACUUAAUGGCAAGAAUUGGAAAGAAGCUAUAAGUCCGACAGCAUUUCUAUCAUCCCAGACUACAUCAUUAAUUUCAGCACUGGCGAACUGCAAUCAGCAAGACACACAGCAGUAAGUUACAAUCCCGUAGUAAAAGCAUCUGCCGUUACUACAGCACCUGCACACCCAAGCAAUAGAAAGAAUGUUAAGGCCACUCUUUUCUUAAGCAAUCAUUACAAGAAGGGGAAAAACCACAGGAACGGGAUAUUUCCUUUCUUUUUCACUGAACGAUUUCAGAGCUUGUAAGAUGAACAUGCAGAUAGAUGUUGUUCUCUUCAAUCUUCUGACAAUAUGCACCAGAUAAUUUCUAGUCCCUUUACUCUUGGGUUUGUGGUGGAUGAUUGCUUUAUUUAUCUGUACACUCUCAAGAGUUACUCUCCAUAUUGUUAUAGCUUUCCAAAUAGAUUGGUUAGUGAUGGCUGUCCCAUGGAUAGAGGAUCUUUGACUCACUCUACCUGCGCUGAAGGAAGUGGCCUACAGCCCCCAUGUCUGGACAAGUCACCUGUAGGUCCCCCUACUUCAGUGUUGACUAGAUGCUCUCAUACUGUUACAGGACACCACUACUGCCAAAUACACUCUUCUUUGAAGACCUCUUGCAUGAUGUACAGUAUGAAUCCCAUAUCUGCGGGGGAUGUUCUUGACCUUACUGUGGGAACUGCGUAACAGUGACCCCUACUAAAAUGAUCAUUGUUCUUCCAGAAGUUAUUAUAGAGCAGUGGUUCUCAACCUGUGGGUCCCCAGGUGUUUUGACCUACAACUCCCAGAAAUCCCAGCCAAAUUUACCAGCUGUUAGGAUUUCUGGGAGUUGAAAGCCGAAACAUCUGGAGACCUACAGGUUAAGGACCACUGCCAUAGAGUACAUGGACUGAUACUCACAGUUAGUUCUCAUCCUGUGGGUCUCCAGUUGUUUUGGUCAACUCCCAGAAAUCCCAGGCAAUUUACCAGCUGUUAGGAUUUCUGGGAGUUGAAAGCCAAAACAUCUGAAGACCUACAGGUUGAGGACCACUGCCAUAGAGUCACAUAGACCGAUACUCAUGGUUAAUUCUCAUCCGUUGGGUCUCUAGUUGUUUUAGUCUACAACCCCCAGAAAUCUAAGCCCGUUUACCAGCUGUUAGGAUUUUUGGGAGUUGAAGGCCAAAACAUCUGGGGACUCACAGGUUGAGAACCACUGCCAUAGAGUCACACGGACUGAUACUCACAGUUUCAUCUACCCACAUCCAACCAAGUAUCCUCUAGGAAUUUAUGCACAUACACACACCCCAUACUACUCUACUAACUUCCAGUGGAAGUUAUGGUAAACGUGCCUGAUGGAGCUAAAAAAUUCCUCAAGAGGGCAUAUUUAUGAAACUAUGAGUAUUGGUCCCACUGAUACAGAGGUCCAAUUGUGCUGUGCAUACACAAGCCAACACAUUUGGAGCCGUAUUCCAAACUUGUGCUGUCUCCAGCCUCUCUGAAGGUCAGCAUGAAUUUCCAAGAUUGUGCUACUCUGGGACAAGAUAGUCUUUCUCAGGGAGGAUAGGAUAUGUUUGCAUGCAGCAUUGUCUGUCCCAUCAGGCAUGUCUCAGACCAGCCUCCCUCACACAGGGAGAGCAGAAGAGCACCAAGAAGGGAGGCUAGGCGUCAAGGGGGAAGAAUUGCUGACCUCUUUCCAUUUUCAUGGCAUCAGUAGAUCCUGCCUUAUAGCCAGUGGAUGCAAGCCUUUGGACGCUGUUGUUGAACAUGGAACUGGGCAGCCAGUUAAAGGGAAUUGAGGUUGCUUUUGCAGCAGUGCCUAAUUGGGUUGAACCCAGUCUUCUAAUGUUGUGCUGCUUGUAAAUUAUGCCACAAUAAAGUGUCACUUGUAAGAAA